AUGUCAGGAACUGGAGACUACUACUUUGACUCUUACAGUCACUAUGGUAUUCAUAUGGAAAUGUUGAAAGAUUAUCAUCGUACAACUUCCUACCGUGAUGCUAUUUGGCGUAAUGCGUAUCUUUUUAAAGAUAAGGUUGUUCUCGAUGUUGGCUGUGGUACUGGAAUUCUCUCUAUGUUUGCAGCAAAGGCUGGAGCUCGCAAAGUUAUUGGUAUUGACUGCAGCAGUGUGGCUGUUCAGGCACGGCAAAUUGUGAAGGACAACGGCUUUGAAGAUGUCAUUACUAUCAUUCAGGGUAAAGUGGAAGAUUUACAACUUGAUGAAAAGGUGGAUAUCAUUAUUAGCGAGUGGAUGGGUUACUUCUUGCUGUAUGAAUCUAUGCUUAACACUGUUCUGUAUGCCCGCGAUAAGUGGGGCACACCGGAUGUGAAAUUAUUCCCCGACGGUGCGAAUAUGUAUGUGUGUGGGAUCAGUGAUGAACAAUAUAAACAAGAACGCUUUGAUGUCUGGGAUGAUGUCCAGGGAUUUGACUUCUCCUACUUUAAGCGUCUGAGUUACAUUGAGCCGCUGAUUGACACCGUGAGCCGUGAGCAAAUUGCGACCAACACGGCCUCUCUCUUCUCCUUCGAUAUCAACACCGUGCGGGAGGAGGAUCUCGCCUUCACGAGUGAAUUCACACUCGCGGCCGCCCGCUCCGACUGCGUGGACGCCCUCUGCGUGCACUUCGACACGCCCUUCACCGCCGGCCACGAGGCUGUGGUGCUCAGCACAACGCCCCUCACCGCCCCCACGCACUGGCGGCAGACGGUGUUGUAUCUGCACAACCCGCUGCGGAUGAAGCGCGGCGAACAGGCGAAGUUCCGCAUGUGUUGCCGCCCGAAUGCGUGCAACCCACGCGAUCUCGACAUUGCACUUCACGUGGAGUUCGACGGUGAACUGCAGUCCAGCCACUACGACCAGGACUUUCGUCUGCGAUGA